AGGAGGCGCGGGUGAGCGCGCCUGGGGUUAGGGGCUCCAGCAGGAAACCUCUCGCUGGAGUGGAGGAUUGGUGCGGGCCGCUCGCCCGCGACUGCGGGGCUGGCAGGUGCGAGGCGUCUGCACCUGGCGGGCGAUGGCGCCGGGCGCGAGCGCCCCGGGGUAGCGCGGGCGAGGCUGCCGGGCCCCAGAGCGCGCGCCCGCCCCCCUCCCCGACCUUGGCGUUGGCCCGGCCCAGCACAGGCAGCUAUGGGGCUCCUGCGGCUGCUGGUCCUGGCGGUGCUGGCGUCGGAACGCGGGGUGGCUGGUGGAGCCGAGGCCUUCGGGAACUCCAGCGAGGGUCUUCUUGAAUUUUCUCUGGGGAAAUUUAGAUACUUGGAGCUCAUCAGGUCCUUUCCAGAGGAAGCUAUUUUGCAUCAUAUUUCCAGCAAUGUGACUUUUCUUAUUUUCCAAAUACACUCACAGUAUCAGAACACAACAAUUUCUUUUUAUAGGACUCUCCUUCCCAAUGCCUCGGAAACAGGCACUAACAGAGGGCUGGUUUCCAUUCUUAGACCAGAGCAGAGUAUGUGCACUUGGUACUUGGAGACUUUAGAUGCAGAGCCUGUUCAAAAUGUGGCCAUUCCACUCUCCUACUCAGAAAGAGAUCCUAUCCCUGGAGGCUGUAAUUUGGAGUUUGAUUUAGAUAUUGAUCCCAACAUUUACUUGGAGUAUAAUUUCUUUGAAACGACUAUCAAAUUUGCCCCAGCAAACCUAGGCUAUGCGAGAGGCACAGAUCCUCCGCUAUGUGAUGUUGGGACAGGCCGGGACUCUAGGUGGAGGUUGCAGUAUGAUGUCUAUCAAUAUUUUCUGCCCGAGAAUGACCUCACUGAGGAGGUGUUGCUAAAGCAUCUGCAGAGGAUGGUCCAGGUGUCCCAUGUGAAGGCCAGUGCUGUCAAGGUGGUGACUCUGACAGCUGAUGAUAAGACAAGUGUUUCCUUCUCCUCCCUCCCUGGACAAGGUGUCAUUUAUAAUGUCAUUGUUUGGGACCCACUUCUAAAUACGUCUGCUGCUUAUGUUCCUGCCCACACGUAUGCUUGCAGCUUCAAGGCAGUGGAGGGUAACUGUGCUUCCCUUGGAAGAGUAUCUACCAAAGUGUUCUUCACUCUUUUUGCCCUGCUUGGUUUCUUCAUUUGUUUCUUUGGACACAGAUUCUGGAAAACAGAAUUAUUCUUCAUAGGAUUUAUCUUCAUGGGAUUCUUCUUUUAUAUACUGAUUACAAGGCUGACACCCAUUAAGUAUGAUGUGCGUCUGAUUCUGACAGCCAUCACUGGAAGUGUUGGUGGAAUUUUCUUGGUAGCUGCGUGGUGGCGAUUCGGAAUCCUCACGCUGUGCAUGCUGUGUGUUGGACUGGUGCUGGGGUUCCUCAUCGCAUCGGUGACUUUCUUCACUCCGCUGGGAAACCUAAAGGUUUUUCGUGAUGAUGGUGUGUUUUGGGUGACCUUCUCUGGUAUAGUUAUCCUCAUUCCAGUAGUUUUCAUGGGCUGCCUAAGAAUGCUGAACAUACUGACCUGUGGAGUCGUGGGCUCCUAUUCGGUGGUUCUGGCUGUCGACAGUUACUUGUACACAAGCCUCUCUCACAUCACGUUGAAUGUACUCAGGAGAGCACUCAACAAGGAUUUGCGAAGCACUUUCACAAAUGUGCCUUUUCAAACUAACGACUUUAUUAUCCUGGCAGUAUGGGGGAUGCUGGCUGUAAGUGGAAUUACAUUACAGAUUCAAAGAGAAAGAGGGCGACCGUUCUUUCCUCCCCACCCGUACAAGUUAUGGAAGCAAGAAAGAGAGCGCAGAGUUACGAACAUUCUGGACCCCAGCCACCACAUUCCUCCAUUGAGAGAGAGGCUCUAUGGCCGAUUAGCCCAGAUCAAAGAGCUCUUCCAGAAGGAACAGCCAGCUGGAGAGAGAACACCUCUGCUUCUGUAGAUGCCCAGGAACUUGGUCUGUGUGCCUCUGCUUUUGUGUUUAUGCCCAGGCUGCUUCCGUCUUAGAAGAGAUCAGGCAUAUAUCUGUGUUUGCAUCAUAUUAUGGUGUCUUUAAUGAUAGAUGGUAAGGGUAUGCUAGGGAAUUAGGAUGAUUCUAAGAAAGAGAAUGAGAAAGAUGACCAAAAAUUUGGUGGUAGGGAGGCUUUCCCUUAUUUCCAAAUACUUGAGAAAUUAAACUUACUGGUUUACAAACAUAUGAUCAACUUAUUCCAUUAAAUAGAGACACUAAAAAAUAUUAAAAAACAGUGAUUCUCUUGCAAA